UGGUCAGCGCGGCUCUCCUGCUUCCGCCCGCCUGCCCGCCUUCAAGUGCCCUGGAGCCGGAGAAAGGCCAGCGGGGAAGCGCCGGGAACGGAGGCGGCUAGCGCUAUGGAUCGUCUCCUUAGCCGGGAUCCUGUGGAUAUUGAGAAUAUCCUGGCUCUGAACCCUCGCAAACAAACUCAUGCAUCUUUGAAUUCAACUGCAACGAAGAGAUAUGAGAGAAAGCACUGGAAAAGGAAUGCAGACAAAAACUGUUCAAACUGUGAGAAGCUGGAAAAUAAUUUUGAUGACAUCAAGCACACGACUCUUGGUGAGCGAGGAGCACUUCGAGAAGCAAUGAGGUGCUUAAAGUGUGCAGAUGCCCCCUGUCAGAAGAGCUGCCCAACUAAUCUAGACAUCAAGUCAUUUAUCACAAGUAUUGCAAACAAGAACUACUAUGGAGCUGCCAAAGCGAUCUUUUCUGACAACCCACUUGGGCUGACAUGUGGGAUGGUUUGCCCAACUUCAGAUCUCUGUGUGGGUGGAUGUAAUUUAUAUGCCACCGAGGAGGGACCAAUUAAUAUUGGUGGACUGCAACAAUUUGCAACAGAGGUUUUCAGAGCAAUGAAUAUUCCACAGAUUAGAAAUCCAUCAUUGCCACUACUGGAAGAGAUGCCUGAAGCUUAUCAUGCCAAGAUUGCUCUUCUUGGAGCAGGACCUGCCAGUAUAAGCUGUGCUACCUUUUUGGCUCGAUUGGGCUACACAGACAUCACCAUUUUUGAGAAGGAACAUUAUGUUGGUGGCUUAAGCACAUCUGAAAUUCCCCAGUUCCGGCUGCCGUAUGAUGUAGUACACUUCGAAACUGAGCUUAUGAAAGACCUAGGUGUGAAGAUAAUUUGUGGCAGAAGCCUUUCAGUGGAAGAUUUGACACUCAGUGCCUUGAAGGAAGAUGAUUACAAAGCAAUCUUUAUUGGAAUUGGUUUGCCAGAACCAAAAAGAGAAUCUGUAUUUCAAGGUUUGGGGAAGGAUGAAGGAUUUUACACAUCUAAAGACUUCUUGCCACUGGUGGCUAUGGCAAGUAAACCAGGAAUGUGUGGCUGUCGCUCUCCAUUGCCGUCGGUCCAGGGAACAGUGAUCGUUCUUGGGGCAGGUGACACCGCUUUUGACUGUGCAACAUCAGCUUUGCGCUGUGGAGCUUGUCGUGUUUUCGUGGUCUUCAGAAAAGGAUUUACUAAUAUCCGAGCUGUCCCUGAAGAGAUGGACCUUGCAAAGGAAGAAAAGUGUGAAUUUCUGCCCUUCCUUUCCCCUCGGAAGGUUGUAGUGAAAGGAGGGAAGAUUGUGGCUAUGGAGUUUGUUCGGACUGAGCAAGAUGAAGAUGGAAACUGGAAGGAAGACCAUGAGCAGGUUGUCCGUCUGAGAGCAGAUGUGGUGAUCAGUGCCUUUGGUUCCAUCCUACAAGAUCAUAAAGUAAAAGAAGCUCUGUGCCCACUCAAGUUGAACAAGUGGGGCCUCCCUGAAACUGAUCCAGAGACCAUGCAAACAAAUGUGCCAUGGAUUUUUGCAGGAGGAGAUUUUACCGGCCUGGCCAACACUACUGUGGAAUCGGUGAAUGAUGGGAAACAGGCUUCCUGGUAUAUGCACAAAUAUAUACAAUCUUUAUACAAUUCUGAAGUUCCUGCUGAACCCCAGCUGCCUCUUUUCUAUACUCCUAUUGACUUAGUAGACAUCAGUGUAGAAAUGGCUGGACUCAAGUUUCCCAACCCUUUUGGCCUUGCCAGUGCCACGCCGACCACAAGUUCACCGAUGAUCCGCAGAGCUUUUGAAGCAGGAUGGGGAUUUGCGCUCACCAAGACAUUUUCUCUGGACAAGGACAUUGUAACGAAUGUUUCUCCACGGAUAAUACGGGGAACUUCUUCAGGUCCCAUCUACGGUCCCGGCCAAAAUUCUUUCCUGAACAUUGAACUUAUCAGUGAGAAAACUGCAGCCUAUUGGUGUCAAAGUAUCACUGAACUGAAGAAAGACUUCCCGGAAAAGAUUGUCAUUGCCAGCAUCAUGUGCAGCUAUAGUAAAGAUGAUUGGACUGAACUUUCAAAAAUGGCUGAGGCUUCUGGAGCUGAUGCCCUGGAGUUAAAUUUAUCUUGUCCGCAUGGCAUGGGAGAGAGAGGCAUGGGCUUGGCCUGUGGGCAGGAUCCAGAGUUGGUGCGCAACAUCUGUCGCUGGGUGAGGCAAGCUGUUCAGAUUCCGUUCUUUGCCAAGCUGACCCCGAAUGUCACAAACAUUGUGAACAUUGCAAGGGCUUCACAAGAAGGUGGCGCGGACGGUGUUACAGCCACCAACACCGUGUCAGGGCUGAUGGGGCUGAGAGCAGAUGGCACACCUUGGCCUGCUGUUGGACAGGGGAACAAGACCACAUAUGGUGGCGUAUCAGGAAAUGCCAUAAGACCCAUAGCGCUUCGUGCUGUUUCGGCAAUUGCUGGUGCCCUUCCAGGAUUUCCGAUCCUAGCAACAGGAGGCAUUGACUCAGCUGAAAGUGGCUUGCAAUUUCUUCAUAGUGGUGCAGCUGUUUUACAGGUGUGCAGUGCCAUACAGAAUCAAGACUUUACUGUGAUUGAGGAUUACUGCACCGGGCUGAAGGCUUUGCUGUAUCUACAGAGCAUAGAGGAGCUCCAAGAGUGGGAUGGACAGAGUCCACCAACCAUAAGGCAUCAGAAAGGAAAACCUGUGCCCAGAAUCAGUGAACUCUUAGGAAAGAAGCUUCCCAGUUUUGGACCCUACCUUGAACAACGGAAGAAAAUAAUAGCUGAGAAUAAACUGAAACUGAAAGGACCGAUCAGCUUGUUGACGGAGCUCGAGAGAAAACAUUUUGUUCCAAAGAAGCCCAUCCCAGCAGUGAAGGAUAUAAUUGGAAAAGCACUGCGGUAUAUUGGAACAUAUGGAGAGCUCAGUAAUACUGAACAAGUUGUGGCUCUGAUUGAUGAGGAAAUGUGUAUCAACUGUGGCAAAUGCUACAUGACCUGUAAUGAUGCUGGCUACCAGGCUAUACAAUUUGAUCCAGAAAUCCACCUGCCCACUGUUACCGACAGUUGUACAGGCUGCACUCUGUGUCUCAGUGUCUGCCCUAUUAUUGACUGCAUCCGAAUGGUUUCCAGGACAACACCUUAUGAGCCAAAGAGAGGCCUGCCCUUAGCUGUGAACCCAGUGUGCUGAGGUGAUCAGACCAGCAGUUAAAGUGAACCUUACAUUUGCUUGAUUCUAUUGAUUUGCUUUCUAAUUAGUACCAGCAACUCCAAUGGUGUUUUAAAAAGAAAAGAAAAAUCAUCUAAUGAUGGUAGCCAUCCUAAAGUUGGCUCUAUCUUCCAAUCUAUUUUUUUAAGUCUUCAUACAAGCAGUGGUUAGUUUGUCAUAUGUUAUCUGCCCUCAUAAAAAUGUAACUUUUUUUUCUUUCGCAAAUUUUCAAUACUUCCUGAUGAUUUUGGUGAUUUCUAUUCCUAUUCCCUGAAACAAUCUAUAAAAUUAGGGGAGCUUUUCCUAACUAACUAAACCUCAACAUGAACACAUACUUUGUUACCAGGGAAACAUUUAGUAAUUACACAUUUCAUCUCCUUUUAAAACUGUUUUUAGAAGAUGUAAUUAACUACACAGACACACAAACAAAGCAACGUGGCUUGUUUGUGUGUGUGUGUGUGUGUGUGUUUGCAUAAAGAUAUAAAAAGAGACUUAAAUGGGUAUCUCUGAACUAUUAAUCAGUUUCAACAGCUGCAGCAUAUGGCAGUCUAUUACCUUAAUUCUCCUUAAAUUCUACCUCUGACUAGGCAUUAAAUACUAAAGUUGCAAAUGCACUGCAUUCUUUGCCAUUUAAUGUUUUUCAGUUGGUUACUUGAUCUCUUUGUUUCUGUUAACGAAUCUUCAGAGUGUGCCUUUUAAUUGUAUUAUUUCAAAUGUAAACCUUAGCUCAAGAAUCUGAUUUAUUGUAAGUUGCUCUUGCAUUCGUUUACUGUUGGGGAUAUGAAGUUACAGUUCUGUUGCAUAAGUUGCCUUCCACACCCCCACCCCCUUGCCUAUUUAGUCUGGGUUAUCUCCAGAGUAGGCUCACAGUACUGACUAGCACCAGUGAUGGGGCACGGAAACAUCAGCAUCUCUUAUUUCCACGGGUCUAUGACUAUAUGCAGAUUUUUUUUCCAGCCACACAGAUGUUCUGUAUAUAUCUGAUAUACUGUGCACACUUGGAAUGUGUGCAUAAAAAUGCAGACAUUUGAAAUGCACAGUAAAACAUGGCACAAGCAUGGCUUUUUUGUCCAAGGUUAGAAAUCCACAUAAAUCAUGCAUAAGAGUUGAAAAAUGAACACGAAAAUGCCCAUUUCCCAAAAUUAUGUCAAGAACAGAAACAGAUUUUGGCUGUUUAAAAAAAGAAAAAAAAUGGAAGCAGGCAUAGACAUGGGUGUGGAGAAACAAGUUCAUGGAUGUGGAUGUAACAGACGUGUACACCCGAGAUGGAGGCAAAUAACCCCAGAAGCUUCUAGUGGUCCAUCCUCUUUCCAACACUGCUAAGUAUGCAGACUCUGUGCUGGGUGUACGGAUUAGCUCCAGUGGGAGCUUCACUGUCUUCAGACUGUUGCUCUUGCCUGAUGAAAGCAACUAGGGAGAAGGUGGGGCUGGCAUGCUCAUCUCAUCACAUGUGGAGUAGACACACUUAUGGAACACCGGGGUAGGGCUCCUGUCUAAAUGUUAUGCAUAGGCUGCACACUGAAGGCUUGGAUAGGAGCCGACCAUUGUGGAAAAUUAAAUGGGAGGCAAGAGGCCUUCAGAGGCAGCUAAUUGACCAGGACAAGAAGUGUGCCUUAACCCCCCUGACUGGUCACUGCUUUACAUUAUUACAGGUGAUGCAGCAUGUUAUUUACCUCUAGGAGUAGCACACCCAGACAGAAGCUACCAACAGGAGGAUAAGCCUCACUAAAAAGCUUUUGGAGAUUCUUACUAUACACAUUUAGAGUGGCGAGCCCUACCUGCAGCCAGCAAAAGAAAUAAUUGUGAAUUGUAUUUGAUAUUAAUAAUCUGCCAGUGGAAUGGAAAACACUGGAAGAAUUGAUUCCCACUUCAUGUCCCAAGGCUGCUCUGGAGGAUUGGGGGACCCUGUGGAAACAGUCUGGUGGUCAUUCAGGGACAUGCAAGGCAAGGGGAAGUCCACUGGCACACGGAAGAAUCCAGUUGUGUGGGAGACAUUUUAAUAUAGUACAUGGAAAAUAUUUAUUAACUAUAUGUUUUACUGUAAACAAAUACACAACGAAUUCUGAUUUUAAAGUUUGAGGCAAGGAGUUGUCACCAUGUAAUUGCCAUCUGUUAGAUAGGGAUAUGUUUUAUUUCUGAAUUUUUAUCCCACAGAAAUAGAACACAUUCCUUUAAAACAUAUGGCAGUAAUAUGCCGACAACUAUUUGCCUCAGAUUUUUAAAUCUAAAUCAGCCCUGUGUUUGUUUAUAGUAAAACUCUAAUAAAAGAAAGUUAUGGAUUUCCCACUAUUCUGGAACAGCAUGUUAGCAUCAACUUAUUUCUCAUUCUCAGUUGGGAGUUUUCAUAUGCCAGUAUUUUGUUAGCCGCUUUAUGCUAGAGAAACCACAAGCAAGCCUUAUGUUGCUCAAUAUUUAGAACAGCAAAUAACAUAUAUAUUCAUUUCUUUAUACUCUCUGUCAUCAGCUGAAAAUGCAGUAUUGUGAUUGUGCAUAUUAAAUAAUCUUUACAUUCAAAUUUCUGUACAUUUACAUAGCCAUAAAUAAAGAGCAAUUAAGGAGCAUUA